GUAACCCAGAGACGGAAAUGAGGGAGUUGGUUAUUCUCUUUCAUUCGGGGUGGCUUUUCUGGGCGUGAUGGAGCCGUCUGGAGUUCUCAGUGCGGAGGUCCUGCGCGAGAGGCUGCUUCAGGGACUUGAGGCCGAGCAUGUGGAGGUGGAAGAUACUACCGCUGGUCGCUGUGCUACAAGCUUCAAAGUCCUGGUAGUUUCUCCACGUUUCCGAGGGAAAGCACUGUUACAGCGACACCGACUAGUCAAUGAAAUCUUAUCUGAAGAGCUGAAACUCAUCCAUGCCUUCGAGCAGAGGACACUGACCCCUGAACAGUGGGCAAAAGAACAAGAAGCUAAGUGAGACAGUCUUCCUCCUUUUCUUCGCUCACAAAAGCAGCAAACAGUCCAGAGACCAAAAACUCCAAGAUGCUAAAGAGAAGCAGCUGUGAACUGAACUGAACAAUGCAGGAAUCACUUCAGUGGGAGCACUAUGACAGUGUGAAAGAGCGUGAAGCAGAAAAUAAAACCGGAA